AUGAAAUGUCCACUUUCAGCUCCUGCAAAACCUUCAAAGCCCAGGAUACCAAGGUUAGUAGGUGUUUCUUGUUCGAUUUCUCAAAAGAUAUGUGACCAACAAAGCAAUAUCAGACCUGGUUCAAAAGUUGGUUCUAUCCCUGUGGCCAAGACAAGACAAGUUGCUGCCAAGUAUAUGACAACUCCAAGGAACAAAAAGUGUCUUGCCAAAAGAAAUUGGUAUAAAAUUGGCCAAGACAUGAAUCAAUCUCAGUUAUCUUUCAAGAAACUUGUUCCUGGGAACCUUGAAGAUUUUACAAAAAACAUCGCUGAUGUUGGGGAGAUUCCUCCUGAAUCAUCAAAACAGGACACCGAGUGUUCUGAGGACAUAAAGGAGCCUUUAAAGAAGGUAGAUUAUCAUUUUCUAUUAAGGGAUCGUGUGAAGUAUGUUGGGCCUUCUGUACUUGUGGAAGAAGAUAACAGACCUUUAGGCACUGGUCAACGUGGGGAGAUUUAUGAGAUUAGUGGGGAAAGAGUUGCAGUUAUCCUUGAUAGCACAGAAGACAAUGAUCAAUCUGCAAAACCAUCAAUAUAUUGGCUUCUUGCUAAGCAUGUUGAGCGUGAUAUUGAUACUGAAGCUGAAGAUUGUUAUAUUGCAAUGCAGGCAUUAUCCGACGUUGCAUACAUGCUUCUUUUUGUAGUGUUGAAGUCUGUGCAACCUCUUAUUGUGUAUUUCCCAUACUCAUCUUUAUGGUUGUCAAGAGCUGUUUCUAAGUCAAACCGAAAAGAAUUUAUGAAUAGACUUCAGGAAAUGUUUAACCAGAUAUAG